UCCAGGGAAACGGCGCACUUCUCGUUCUCCUCAUAUCGAGUCGGGGUUCCCACGUUCACCGACGUUACAGUUGAUUUAUGAUUUUGGAACUUCCUCAGUUUUGCAGGCGACCUUUGCCUUCCAGAUUGCUAUUAACAAGAGCAAACACUGUUACCUCAGAGAGGAGCGGCCUUAAUGUAUGCGGUUGGUGGACCUGGCACGUUAGUGAUAUAGACUGAGAUUUUUGUUCGCGCCCGUUGUGACAGAAGCUGAGCGUCGCGAGGACGAAACUGCGUGUUUUCCUCUCCGCUCGGUUGACAACGAAGCCCACAGGUGACCGUUUCCCAUAUUAGCGGGACGCGGGUUGAUUGAAGAGCAAGCGCGGGCCAUCCAGAGUGCGCGCGAGGCUGUUGCAUAACCACACCGCGCGCGCGGCUUGUCUAUAAAUUAGGGGGAAACAACAAAGGUGAGCACAUUCAGAGUGGGUGCAGCUCAGGAUGGAUCAGCAGGGCUGGUGGAAACUGACCCUGGCUCUUCUGGUUCUGCUGGUCAGGACGUAUGCAGAAGCCUCCUUUUCAUACCACAUGGAAGACUUCAUCAGGGCUGUGAAGCAGAUAGAAGAUGAGGACCCUGGUGCCGAUCCAGCUACUGUGUUGAAAAGGCUGCGCAGAGCAGCUGACCUAAAUGACGCCUUCAUCCGACACUUCCUUCCAGACGCUCAAGCUGCUUCUGAAAUGCCUGCACACCUCUCCGAAUACUUUCGCAAGGCUGUGCGUCACAGGGUGCUGGAAGAUUUCAAAGAAGAAGGCGUGGUUCUGACCCCAGACGGUACCACAGUAACGGUCGCACCGCUCCUCUUGGGCAUUGAAGCGGGCAUCCUCAAGACCAAAAGUCAAGCUCACUUCCAGCUCAUUCUUGCCAAAGAUCUUGGUGUUUCUUUCAAACGUCUUUCUUCAGGCACACGUUUCCUCGGUCCUGAUGGGUGCUGGAACAACGUAACGUCUCCUCAAGUCUUCACGCUCUCUGGCAAACCAAAUCUGUUCACUAUAGCUCAGAUCAAUGGAAGAAUGGACGGCAUUAUAUUGGGAAUGGAGAUUUCAGCCAAUUCCAGUCGUCUCCUCAAGCUCAGCAGUCUGUUGAAGGAGUACUAUAGCCACAGACUGGACAGGAAGGGAAUGUACAGUGCCCCACGUCUCAUCAGUCAACGUCGCAGGGAGAACUUCCAACUUUUUGUCUUCCCUUCUCCCUUGAUGAAAAAGACAAUGAGGACAGUGAAACUGCAACAAAGACUAACAGGACAACCAAAGAUGAAGGUGACGACCAGUAGGAAGCUGAGGGCUGCGGUGAAAAAGGCCCUGGGAGAGUUUGUUCACAUGUACCUGAAUUGCCCGCCCAUCAUUUCUCGAUGUAUGUGGGGCGCUGAGCCAUACAGAGGAACGCCCACCAACCUCUCCUUGCCUCUGUCCUUCCUGUUCAUCCAUCACACCCACACACCGAGCGAGCCUUGCUUGACCUUUGAGAAAUGCUCUGCAGACAUGCGAGCCAUGCAGCGCUUCCACCAAGAAGACAGAGGCUGGGAUGACAUUGGAUAUAGCUUUGUCGCUGGCUCUGACGGGUUCAUCUACGAGGGCCGGGGCUGGAACAUCCAGGGAGCCCACACCUUCGGGCAAAACUCUAGAGGCUACGGCGUGUCCUUUAUUGGGGACUACCAAACCAAUCUGCCGUCUCAGCAUGCCAUGAGUCUGGUGAGAGAUCAGCUGGCAACCUGUGCGGUAGACAGAGGUGGGCUGGUGUCCUCCUACACCCUGCAAGGGCACAGAGAUGUGGUGAACACAACCUGUCCAGGAGACGCCUUCUACAAAGAAAUCAGUGGCUGGAAACACUUUGGGAAAGUCAAGACACAAAAACCAUGAGAUGGGAAACUGAAAAAUGAAGAAAAAAAACAUACAAUAAAGAUUUUUUUCUUCUCCUAUUAUUCAUGUAAUUCUUUGUAUUAAUCUAACAUGUAAAAUGGAAUAUUCAAUGGGUGUGAGCACUUUGACAAGACCUUCUCUGUGAAACUGGCUUUUAGGGAUUUUCUUGAUGGUUGUGGGUAUAUUAAAGGAAAUGCUUAAACAUUAAAA